UUUCUGUAAUAAGUAUCAUUCAUGGCAGAAGAAGCUAUAAGUUGACAUUCACAUACUCACAUAUUCAGAUACACAGAAAGUGUUAAAAACAGCUACCAAGUCCUUUAUCCAUGGCGUGGUCAAGCUCUUCUUCCUCCGGAACAGCCCCUCAGGAAAAGCACGACGUCUUCCUCAGCUUCAGAGGCGAAGACACGCGCUACACUUUCACUGGCCACCUUCAUGCCUCCUUGACCAGACUCGACGUCAACACAUACAUUGACUACAACCUUCAGAGAGGAGAAGAGAUAUCGUCCUCUCUUCUUAAGGCUAUCGAGGACGCCAAACUCUCUGUCAUCGUUUUCUCCAAAAACUACGGAAACUCCAAGUGGUGUUUGGAUGAGCUUGUCAAAAUACUCGAAUGUCGGAGGAUGAGGGGGCAGAUUGUCUUGCCCGUUUUCUAUGACAUAGAUCCUUCCCAUGUACGCAACCAGACUGGUACUUAUGCAGAAGCGUUUGAGAAACAUGAGAGAAAUUUGCAGGGUCAGAUGCACAAGGUGCAGAAAUGGAGAGAAGCCCUAAAGGAAGCUGCUAAUUUUUCUGGUUGGGAUUGCUCUGUCACCAGGAUGGAAUCUGAAGUCAUCGAUAAAAUAGCAAAUGAUGUGUUGGAAAAGCUGAAUCGAGUGUAUGUUGGCGACCUAGAUCAGCAGAUUGCAAAGCUAGAGAAACUUGCAGAACUUCAAUAUCUGUUUUAUACAAAGAUAAUUACCGUAGAAAACCUAGAAAAACAUAACGCAACAGUUCAACGUCUCACGGAACUUAAAAUGGAGAGAAGUGUCCGCAUGCUUCGCUUGUCACCUGAUAUGCUUUCACAUUUGAACGAUUCAAAAAGAAAUUCUAACUAUUUCGACUUUUAAUGUUAAAUUUUCAUACUAUAUCGCCAGCUGGUGUUAUUAUGAAGUUCCAAGGAAAUCAGAUUGUUCUUUCAGAUAUUGUUGUUAAUCAAAGGAUGUAUCAGACCAGAUGCUUCCAACUGUCAUGAGAAAUUUAAACAUGUGGAUUGAUGUGUUCUA